AUGGCGCAGGCCUCUGUAGUCGGGGUGACGGCGGCGACGGCGACGGGGCUGGCAUCUGGAUUGGCAUCUGGUCCAGCAGCGGGGCCGGCAGUGAACGGUGGCUCCUUGCUAGCAUCGCUCACAUCAGAUGAAGUUCGUGAGCUGCGUGAGUACCAAAAGCUCCUGCGGUUUCGCGACGAGGUUGUCACUGGCUCGCACCCGCGCAUCAAGCCCACCCACCUGCUUGGAAAACCUACCCAGAAUCUUAAACAAGCUCCAACGCCCGCUGCUGCCAAUUCCACCGCACCAGCGACCUCGCAGCCCAAAGCCCCAAAGGGCCCCGUAAACAGCGACGGCGCAGUAAUUGAUAACUUCCAGGCUCAGCAGGCCAACCAGCGGGUCAACGUGACUUCCGUUGUUCCCGGCCUAGGGAUGCUCUCGAGCCCUUCUGGCGGGAUGAAACCGCCCGGGGCUGCGAAACCAUCGAUCGAUCCCGUGCUUCUGGAAAAGUCUGACGACUUAAUCAAGGCCGAGAUCCAGCUAAAGCGGCAGCGACUGGAGCGUGAUCUGAGAGAGCAAAUUGAGCAGCGCCGCACCGCCAGCAAGCCGUUAGAUCAACUGGCUGAACUUGACGUUGCCGACAUUUACGCAAAGGCUUUGUCUUUGGUUCAUGCCACGCCUGUUCAGACUACUGACGACACAGCUGCUAAUGCCUCAGCUUCAAGCGACUCUUUUGACGAUAACACCUUCUAUUCGAGUCGUCACGACACGCCGGAUUCUAACAUGGCAUCGCGCCUCCCUAAUGAAUCGGAAGACGAGGAGAUGCGGGAAGGAUCGCCUUAUGAGCCUGAGUUGGAUUCUGAGCCAGUUGUCCAGGUUGACCAGGUCCAGCCUGCCGCUCCUCCUACACAACCAGUAUCUCUCAGCGCUCCUUCAGAGCAACAGCCACAGCUACAGUCAAGUGUCUCUGCGUCGACACAAACGGCACCAGUUCAAGAGGUGAUGGUUCCUGGUUUGUCCAUCGGAGUUGGCGGAUCUGCGAGAACACAUGCCCAGCCUCCUGUUCCGAUGGCUUCUGGCGCGCUGGAGAGCAACGCUGCGCAAGAUCUUGCAAGGGUAAACGAGCGAUUGCCUAACCAGGCUCCGGCUCGAGAGCCAUCCCCUCUUGUCCGUGCCCAUGACCUCUCCCCUCUCGCUCCCCAGCCAACCCAUGCUCUCCCACCUGCUAUCGCACGACAACCACACUUAACUACACCUGGUUCUGGCGAGCCCCGGGCAACAUCAGCCCAGGUCGCCGCGUUGAGAAAUCAGCCUUCCAACGGGUCGAGCCCGGAUAGCUCUUCGGCACAGGGAAACAGACCGGCAGAGAAGAAAAAGAACAAAAAGAAGAAGAGAAAGGCUGACCGGCUCGCCGCUGAAACUGCGGCUGCAUCGCCCUAUAUUAAACCUGAACCCCGUUCUCCUUCUCCUCUUACUUCUCAAUUUGCUCGCCCAAACAAGCGUCAGAGACGCUCAGAACAACAACCUCUGGAAGUCGCCGACGACGAACCUAGGUAUGAUCAGCGAGCUCCUGCAGAGGGAACCUACCAGGAACGCUACCAGCCCGUGGUUGUUAGGCAGGAACGAGUUGUGGGUUACGAGAGAGGAGACGAAUAUCACCUUCGCCGAGGCGAAGAUCCUGCACUGGUGGCGCCGCCGAGGUACGAGACAGUUUAUUACGACGAUUAUCGAGCGCCCCCGGAACCGACCGGCACACAGUAUAUUCCGGAAGUGCGGGCAGUACGUGCUGCACCCGGACAUGCCGAGGGCCCGUACGAUGACGGAGUCACUUACUACCGAGACGUUCGCGCGGCGUCGAGAAUGAGCGUGCGUCCGGCGUUGGUAUACCCCGACCGGUCUCAAUCACCGGUCAUGUACGAACGUCCCGCUGGAGCAAUGCCUCCUCCGAAGCGACGUGUCGUUGUAGACGCCUUUGGUCGCGAGUACUUGGAGCCUGUCCGUGCGACAACCGUAGUCAGAGAAGAAGCCAUAUCCGACCUCAGAGGCCCAGUUUCUGUUCCCGAGCACAGGUACGAGCGCAUUCUCCCUCCUCGGGCCGUCUCCCGCCGACCAGACUAUCGUGACGAUGAUGGGCUUCUUUACCGUCCGGCGUCGCCAGCGUACGUCGCGCCACGCCGAGUAGUCACUCAGCCAGAGUAUGCUUUUCCCGACCAUCGCGGCGGCUACCGGGAGCCUGCCAACUCCAUGCUACCGCCUCCACCUGCAAGCGAAUACCACCCUUCUCGGCCCAUCCCUACCGAACGAGAGCCAUUGCCGCCGCGGGAGUACCUCACCCGAGCGACCAGUGUCCGUCCUGCGCCACCGCCUGCACCGGCGAUGAUGGAACCCCCAUCAACCCGCUACGAGAGCAGCGCGUCGGGCUAUGAGCGCCCUGUCCCACCCCGGGAUUACUACGCUGCCAGCGGAGGCGCAGGCCCUAGCAUCAUCCGCGCUGUAAGCGCCCGGCCCGCCGAAGGCGGCCUUCGUUACGAGCAGCUACCUACCGCGUACGAGCAGCCGGUGCUGCGGGACUAUGCGCCACCGCCGCUUCCACCAGUUGCCCUUCAGCCUCUGAGAUCGGCCAGCGUGCGACCUGCUGCUGAGACGGCGGUGAGAUACGAUUAUGACUAUGCAGCUGGACCUGGAGCUGGAGGCAGGGGCCCGUAUCUUCGCCAUGACGAGGGAAGGCGAGGAGAGCAGCAGCAGGCGCAGGCUGGUGGGGGUGGCAGAGGGUAUACCGUUCCGCCGCCCGGCGAACCGCAAGUCCUUCGCAGGGAGUACCAUCCCUCCUCGCAGCAGGGCCAGGGCCAGCCGCCCACAGAGAGGUAUUAUGCGCGAGGAAGGGAGGAUGAGGAGGUAGUGUACCUCGAUCGGGCGACUGACGUUGGGGGGAGAUAUCGGGAGAUGCGUUAA